CGGAAAGGAUGGAAAUUCUGCAGCAGUGAGUGAUCCCGGUUUGACGCUGAGAGCUCCUCCUCAGGCAGCCUUUAUACCAAGCAGACAUGCAUUACGUCACUGUGACCGGAACUCCCUGUCCAAAGCUUCCACCACCUGUUUGUUCGGAGGUUUGGGACGCUGAAACAUACUGCUGGUUCUUUCAGAAGUGACAGGAGUGGCUCUGUCAGCUCCAGACCGUUUGGCCAAACCGGGAAUCGGUGACGUCCUUGACCCGCCACGCUCAACGUGCAGUGCCUUCCGACCCUGAUUGCAGCUGCACUCAACUCACAAAAGCAGAACUUCCUCCCUCAACCAUUCUCUUCUGGCAGAUUUGAUGCCCCAGAGCUGCAACCCAAAACAAACACCGAAAAUUCGACACCCUCAUCACACCAAAUUUUGAUUGAGAAAACAAACCACCGCUGCCAUGAGGUUCGCGAAAACGUUCCUCACGCUGGCCCUCGCGGUCAACGGCGCUGUUGCCAGCUCUUGGUUCUCCAAGGCAGCAUACAACAAGUGGCAUGAGACUGAGCUUGAGCGCUGGCUGUCCGACAACGAUAUCCCCUACCCGACCCCGGCCGACCGCAAAGAGCUAGAGAAUCUCGUGCAAAAGAACUGGGAAUCAAGUGUCGUCGAGCCUUAUCGGAAUUGGGACAAGGAGAAGCUCACCAGCUACCUGAAGCAAAAGGGUGUUGAGAGCACGGGGGCCGCCGAGGAUACUCGGGAGUCUCUGCUUGCCCGCGUCAAGAAUAGCUGGUAUGAGACGGAGGACAAUGCGCAGAAUGCCUGGCUCAAUACCAAGGACUGGAUUCUGGACACUUGGACCGACAGCCAGCUCAAGGCUUUUUGUGAUCGCCACGGCAUUCCGGUUCCCCAGCCUCGCAAGCGUGACACUCUCCUCCAGAAGAUCCGUGAGAACUACGAGACCAUCGCCAAGAAGGCCGGAGACGCCGCGGCUUACCCUGGAAAUUGGCUGUAUGAGACUUGGUCUGAGUCUGACUUGAAGGAGUGGCUCGACUCUCACGGCUUCCCGGCGCCCCAACCGACCACUCGCGACAAGCUCAUCGCCUCCGUUCGCCGCAACUCUCGUCUUGCGUACCUGCGGAUGCAGGAGCAGCAGGAGAGCUCCAAGAAGAGCGCUCAGCAAGCCUAUGCUGCCCUGACCGACAAGCUCAUUGACUCAUGGAGCGAGUCCCAACUGAAGGAAUUUUGCGACAAGAACGGCAUCCCAGUUCCCCAAGGCACUAAGCUUAACCACCUGCGCUCCCUUGUCCGCAAGCACCGCGCCGAGAUCUUGGGCGACACUGUGUCUGGUACUGCCGCCUCAGCCUUUGGUGCUGCUACUUCCAGCGUCGGUUCCGCUGCCACAAAGGCCACCGAUACCGUGUCUCAGGCUGCGCGAGACGCUUUCGACAAGGCCAUCAACACCUGGUCUGACAGCCGUUUGAAGGCUUACCUUGAUGCUCGCGGAGUGCCUGUUCCCCAAGGCACUAAGACCAACGAUCUCCGUGCCCUGGUGCGCAAGCAUUCCCACCUGGCUGCCUCGGCCUGGACCGCCUGGACCUGGGAGGAUGUGAGCGUCGAGAACCUUCGCAACUACCUCGCAAGCAGCGGCAACGCCGCGGCUAAGAAGGUGUCGGAAAAGUCGGGUGCGACUCGCGAUGAGCUGGUGGCGGCCGCCCAGUCGGCCUACGCCUCGGCUUCUUCCGCCGGCGGCGGCUCGUGGGCCUCGGCCACGUCGUAUCUCGCCAAGGCUACCGACUCGGCCAAGGCCAACGUGUUUGAAACGUGGAGCGAGAGCGAGCUCAAGGCCUACCUCGACAGCUACGGCGUCCCCGUGCCGCAAGGGUCGACGCUCAACGAGCUGCGCGCCAUGGCCCGCCGCCAGCACAACUACUUCAAGUACGGCACCACCACGCCGACCGAGACCAUCUUCGCUAAGGUCAAGGAGAAUGUGCUGGGCGGAUGGGAGUGGGUCACGAGUCAGCUGCGCAUUGGGUCUGAUGCCGCCAAGAAGAAGACUCAGGAGGCGAGUGACAUCGCCGGUGAGAACAUCAAAGGAGCGGGUGAGAAGGUCAAGGGGGCCGGUGAGAAGGUUAAGCAUAAUGAGCUUUGAUCCUGCCCAUCCCUGCCUUGGCCUGUUCCCGUCGCCUGGUGACAUCAAACUGGUCAUCGGCUGCGGACACAUGGGUGGAGCGAUUGCGUCCGGGAGGAGGUAUGAUUGUGAUUGUAAGAUAAUAAGUCCCUUGAUGGAAUGAUGGUGUGGAGGUCCGAGGGUGAUGGAUGGGUUUGGCCUUUCGCUGGAGGAUGAGAUCGGGCUGAGGACAUCGGAAGGAUGAUGUACCCGACUGGCUGCGUUUCCGCGACCAGAGGGAGUAGUGCUGGACCGAGAUCGCUGGAGUUAGGCUAAUUAGUCGUUGAUUUAUCAAAAUCUC